AGAGAGAGAGAUGUGUAUAGAUUUUGGGUCUUGGCGUAUUCUUCGGCGGUAGUGGUGAGAUGCUGUUAGGUCUCUUUUAAGGUGGGUGCAGUUAGCCCUUGUGACUAGAAGGCGAGACUUUCAAGCCUUUUUCGAAGUCUGAGCUCUCCCUUAGUCAGUUGUAGCAUUUUGAGGAAGCGGGUUGGUUGGAGCGUUUUUCUAUGGUGGAAAGUUUGCAUUCAGUUCUCGGAGGAAGUUGCAUAGAGAGGGUUGUGUUGUUUUUUUUCAACCUUGGUCUGCUCUCUCGGUGGCAGCGUGUUUUUCUUGCUUUCACGACAUUUUCGGGGUUAUGUUCUCGAACUCAAAGCUUUGUGAUGUGUCUUCUUUUCAUCGUGCAGGUUCUGGUAGUUGUGGCAGGUUUACUAGCCACAUGCCUCUCCAAUAAGAACAGUCUCUAGCUUAAAGCUUUGAUAGGUGGUUCAUGUGGGUUCUCUCGGGUUCAAUAGGAGUAAUAAGGUGCUUGUGAGCUUUGUUAAAGAAGAGCAGAGGAGGCUGGUUCCGAUAGUUGGUGAAAUGAUGGCUGAUCUUCGACAAGUGCUAGUUGCUCAGUAUCCCUAUCCUGGAGCAAUCUCCUUUUUUUUUUUGAAUUAUACAGAGGUAUCCUGCCCCUACAUAAGUGAUCCAUACUAGUCACGUGUUGCUACGUGUCGGUCGUCUGUCCCUGGCAAUGCUGAAAUGUUAAUUUUCCAGUGGCCGGGAUUCGAACCCAGGUGGCGGUACUCACAGCUGUAAGUCCUUUACCACUAGAGCUAGAAGCCCCGGUUAAUCUCCAUUUUCGUCUAUCGCAAUUUCUGGUCUUGUUAUGGUGUUGUGCUUGAUGAACAUAAUUGGAUUUUCGUGGUGGGUGAUCUUUUGGAAGCGAGCUUGGGAAAUCCAAUAUCUACCAGCUCGUGAUUCAUAUAUUAAAGGUCGUCUCAACAUUGAGUAUCCAUAACGUGUGUCGCUUCUGCCUUACUGGACUUCUUUUUUUUUAACGUUUAGUAAUCGUGUAACAAUGUUAUUUAUUGUUGUAAUUAUAAUUUGUUCUACUAUGAUAUUUGUAUAUUUUUGUAAUUUUUAUAAAAGACCUUGAAAAUGGUAAUACAAUCUUAACAUGUUUACAAAAAAAACAUAUAAAUUUGUAAUGUUUAUUUUAUUAUAAUCUAUCACAAUUACGAGGAAAAAAAAUAAUUAAUCUAGUAUUCUCAUUUUGUCAAGAAAGAAAACUGCGUUUGUCUAUGUGUAUAAAGUUUUACGCGAAUAUACCAAAUUGACGAGUUAUAUUUGUUUUCGUCCAACUAUUUUAUGUGUUAAGAUUACUUUCCAUUAACAUUUUGCCAAGGAACCAAGUCGCUGUGCCUGUGAUCUAAAAUAUUUAGACGGAGGUCGCUUUCUUUCCAAGUAAGCUUGUCUCCAUAACUCGGAAUUAUCUUUGUCUAAGCACGUACAUGAUUUUAUAUCUACUACGUCAAAUAUUUUGAUUCGUGCACUUGUUAAAUCCAUUUCUAGAUUUUAAGAUAACUCAAUCUACAACAUUUAUCUCUCUUUUUAAAUUUUAAAUUUAAAAAUGGCUCGCAUCAAUACUUCCAUAGAUUUUUUUUCUGAAAACAAUACUUUCAUAGAAUUGAUAACAAACUUUAUUUGGUUAGGAACAAAUCUUAUUUCGUUAGGUUUGAUUUUACAGAACAAUUUUGAAAGAAAUAACUAAAACUAUCAGCAUUUAAUUAUAUUCAAAACUUAUGAAUUUGAGUAUUUGACUCUGGUCCAGAAAACAAUAUGCAUAUAAACCUUACGAAAUUGAAUUUGAACCAUAAAUUCUCUAUAAAAAAAUCUGAAUUUGAAUUUUUCUUUUCUGAAUUUGGUUAUAGUUUAAAUAUAAAUAAAUUUCAAUUCGUUUCAUUUAAUAAUCCAAAGUCAUCAUGCCGCACGUGAAUGAACUGAAUGGUACCAACGAAGUUGGCAGAAAACGUAAAUAACAUUAAACAUGAAACGCACCGUAUCAUUAAUCAAUAAUGGACUUUAAAACGCAGAGUAAACGCCGUUAAAACGCAGAGUAAACACUUUAUAAAAGCACUAUUCCUUCUUGUUCUCUCCCACUUCUUCAAACUCCGAGAAAGUGAAGAGAAACGCGAGAAAUUUUUUGUAAAGGAAAAAAAACAUGGACGAAGAUGGUUUUUCGCAAUGUCCCAAACACUUUUCAAAACGCGGUUUUAUCGGCGUUUGCCCUUUCUGUCUCCACGAACGACUCUCUUCCCUUUGCCCUGACUGUGCUACCGAUAUACCAUGCUCCUGUAGCUCACGCGCCGCCGUGUGUUUCUCUCCGUCGUCUUCUUCGUCUUCCUCUUCGUUCUCCCUCUUUGCCUUUAGUUUCCCUGGGAGCGGGUCCGUAGGUCAAGUCGCGAGUUUGAUCGAAUGCGAACCUGCGUUUCGGAGAUCAAAAUCGAUGGCGGUUCCGAUUAAACCGGAUACAGUUGACGAUUCCGGGUCGGGUAUUGAACCGGCUCGUGGGCUGAGUAGAAAAACGGUGUCGUUUUGGAGGAUGUUGAUGGGAAACAAAGGAGGAGAUACGAAGCCGGCGAUCAUGAGGAAGUCGAGAUCUGUUGCGGUCGUGGGAGAUAUGAAAUACCCUCCGGCGACGGGAAAAGGGAAGGGGUGGAGUUUUCCGAGCCCGAGUAAGGUUUUUCGGCAAUCGAAGAUGAUAUUUCAACAAAGGUCUCCAUUGUACAGAGGUUGAGAUUUUCUGCUAGUUUCUUAUUGUUUUUGUUUACUUGAGUUUAAAGCAGGUUAUUAAUUUGUUCAUUUUCACCUUUCUCAAAUCUGUGUAUUAUAAAGUGGAAAAUAUUAGUUUCUUGAUUUUUUUUAAUUGUCAGCGAAUAUGAUUCUUCUUUAUUAAUU